AUGACCGACCCAUUGGCUGCGUCUUCGUCGCCGCUUCGCCCGCGCCCGAGCCCGAGCCAGUCCGUCUCAACGACAGCCCAAAGCACCACCACCAACGACGCCAUCAGCACACGAUGGGCUUCGCUCGUCGGACGAGGCGUGACUCCUGCUAUCGAGUUGCUAAGGCAACGUUGCAUAGCGGGCAAGAUCGCGUCGCAAGAUGACGCCUCGCUUCGCUGGAUCCAGUGGAAACUCUUCCUUACGGAACACAUCUCCAGCAUCCCUUCCUCCUGGCAUGCCGUCUUGCAGCGAGACCGCGAUGCAUACAACGAGCUCCGCUCGCGUCUCCUCCGUGCUCCGGACGGCAACUAUCCUCCGGAAGUGGGCUUCGACGGACGCCAUACUACUCUAGAAUCCGCCCUCACAGGAUCAGCCUCCUCGCAGAAGACACACACACCCGCUGUAACGCACGAUCUUUCAGUCAACAAUCCGCUCAGCCUUGACGACUCGAAUCCCUGGAAGACGUACUACACCACGCUCGAGACCAGAAGGGUCAUCCUACAAGACGUCGAACGCACCUUCCCAGAUUUGCCCGUCUUCCGUCAAGUCCGUGUCCAGCAAUCCCUCACCAACAUCCUCUUCCUCUGGGCCCUCCAAAACGAAGACGUCGGCUACCGUCAAGGCAUGCACGAGCUCGCAGCCGUGCUCUGGAAAGUACGCAGCGAUGGCGCCGUUGACAGCCGCCGGGCUGCCGCAGCGCAGGCCUCGAGGCUCUCCACGCAGGCCUCCGACGAUGCCCCCUUCGACCACGCCCUCGCCGAUGUCUUUAUCGAGCACGACGUCUAUGCCCUCUUUGGUGCUCUCAUGCAAAGCGCCAAGAGCUGGUACGCUUGGCGCGAAAGCUCAGGGUCUUCGCCUCUAACAUCGCCAUCCGCCAAUCCGCUAGCACCAGCGAACGCGCGCCAGUCUCCUGAGACCGCACGUCGACCCUUGCCAAUCGUGGUCAAGUGUGAGCACAUCCUCGACCUGCUACGUCGCCUCGACCCGGCACUCGCACAGCACCUCGAGAGCCUCGGCAUCGAGCCGCAGAUCUUUUGCCUCCGCUGGAUCCGUAUGAUCUUUACGCGCGAGUUCGGCCUGGACGAUGCCAUCGCCAUCUGGGACGGCAUGUUUGCGUCCGAUCGCUCGCUCGCACUCAUCGACUACGUGUGCAUCGCCAUGCUCCUCCGCAUCCGCAACCAGCUGCUCGCCGGCGACCAUACCUCCGCAUUGCAAAGCCUCCUCCGCUACCCGCCAGAGGCACAAGCACAGCCGUCGCUCCUCAUCCAGCAGGCCAUAUUCAUGCAGAAGAGCGGCGAUCGACCCGGCACCGGCGUCGCCGUCGUCAUGCAGAACCGCGAUUUGCUCGGCAUCCCGGUGCAAUCGAUGCCUACGCCCGAUGAGGCCGUCCCAUCCAACUCGAGCCCAGCCCGAGCGCAAAGACUCGGCGGCCCAAAGUUCGCGACAGUCGGUCGAGCUGCCUCGGGACCGGCGAAUCGCGUAUCGCCUUGGUCCCGCCUCGAGCAGGACCAGAGCCCGCGAGGCGGUUCAACAGCGCACCACGCCAGUCCAGAUGCUAGACGCUGGCAGCCACCGGCUGCGGCUGGUGAUCCGCUGGGCGCCUUGCCACAGUCUAGCGGCAGCGUCGACGCCAACGGCACUCGCGCUUUCGGCAUCAAUCCAGCAGCCUACGUGCCCGAGGGCAUCAGCGACUUUGCCAAGGGCUGGUACGAGCGUGCCGAGCUUCCGCAGUCGCUCAACAGCGCGCUCGUCAACGUCUCCAGAAGCGUCGCCGCCGCGGCGGCAGCGGGCGUGGCAGGAGCAUACCGCAACAACAAGCCAGAGACGUCCGGUUUCCCGUCCGGGUUCGAUCAGGCGUUCUCGAGCCAAGCUGCAUUGCGCACUACAGGCUCAGCUGCCACCGUCGGCCAUGCAGCUUCCGAGAAAAAGUCUCGCCCGGGGCUGUCCGUCAUGGAGGCUCCAGAGCAGGCUGAGCCAGUCCCGGCAAGCGCCAUGCGAGCUUCGCCGUCUGUAUCGAUGCGGUCCAAAGACGCAGCCGAAGAGGCCUCGGAUCCACUGGCCAAGCUCACUGCUGCCAACAGGGCGAUCGGCUCGGCGCUGUCCGUGUGCAUCCAGGUGCUUGAGCAGAGCUGGCUCGAUCGGUCCGCCGCCCCUCGACCGGAUGAGCUGGAGCAGAUCGACAUCAACACACUCAUGAGCUUCACCGCGCUCAAGCACAUUCGCGAUGUCCUCGGCGGCACCGCGGCUGAAUUCGACCCCGCUACGCUGCCGGUUGUCGUCGCCUCGAAGCGGCCUGCCUCGCAGCCUCAAACUGCCGAUCAAGGUGCGCCCAAAGCAGUACCCGCCGCCGACGUAUCGGAGCCGGUGCAGAUGGACGCACAGCCACCAGCCGCGUCCCACGACGUCAGCGGCCCACAAAUCGCCGCACCUCAGAACACGGCGCUGCCGAUGGCCCUGGGCGAGUACGCGCGGUACGGGCGGCAGAUGAUCCUGCCGGACUUCGGACUGGCGGGCCAGCUGCGUCUGCGGCGCGCCAAGGUGCUCGUAGUCGGCGCGGGCGGUCUUGGCUGCCCAGCCAUCCAGUACCUGGCAGCCGCGGGCGUCGGUCGCAUCUCGAUCCUCGACCACGACGUUGUGGAGCCGUCGAACCUUGCGCGCCAGAUCCUGCACAGCGUGCACACCGUCGGCAUGGCCAAAGCUGUCUCGGCUGCCCAGGCGGCGCAGCGGAUCAACCCGCACAUCACUGCGCUUCCGCUCGAAUAUGCCCUGACCGCGGCGAAUGCACGCGAGCUCAUGCGCGGCCAGGAUCUCGUGCUCGACUGCACCGACAAUCCGCUGACGCGCUACCUCGUUUCGGACGCCGCGGUGCUCGAGGGCGUCCAAGUCGUCUCGGGCGCUGCGCAGGGCUACGAUGGCCAGCUCGUCGUGCUGCACAAGCGCAUCAAGGCCGAGUUUGCCGGGCCCAAGGCGGCAGCAGGCACGGACGCGCGCGGGCCGUGUUACCGCUGUCUGUUCCCCAAGGCGCCGCGACCAGACGAAGUGACCAACUGCGAGGACGGCGGUGUGCUCGGCAGCGUCACGGGGCUCGUGGGCACAAUGCAGGCGCUCGAAGCGACCAAGAUACUCGCAGGGAUCGGCGAGGAUACUCCGCCAAUGCUCACGCUUAUGGCGCCUAUGACGGGCACACCGUUCCGCAGCGUCAAAAUUCGACCGCGACGCAUUGCUACUUGCCGCGCGUGCGGCGAUUCGGCCCAGGUCGCCGAAACGAUGAUCACGGAUCUCGAGCAGGAGGACUAUGCGUCGUUCUGCGGGCUGAACGCAGUCCCUACACAGGGAGACGAGCUGCCGAGAAUCGCAGUGUCGGGAAUGAAUCCACACGCGCUCGUGGUGGAUGUACGUCCAACGGUCGAGUUUGGCAUUACGCGUCUCGACGGAUCACUCAACCUACCCAUCCAACAGCUGCUCAGGGAUCCACAUAGCGCGUGGGACACGAUCACACACGAGAAGGACAGGGCAAAGGCAGAAGAGGUGCUGGUGGUGUGCAAGAAGGGCAAUGACUCCCAACUUGCCGUUCGCUCUUUGCUGAAGCUCCAACAUGAGCUCCGAGCGAGAAAGGACACGCAGGCCGAGACAAGUCCGUCGCACCCACUCGACCUCGCCGCGCACUCGGGAGCACAGGCAGAACCGAAGCGCGAGCCACACGCGGAGCUCAAAGUGUCGGACCUCAUCGGCGGACUGCGUGCCUACGCUGCCGCCAAUCCAGGAUUCCCUGUGUAUUAG